UGACCAGUCGUCGCUGCAUAUACUGACGCUUUGGCACUCCGUUUUAUAGUCUGAAAUGUUUAUGUCAGUUUUGAAAAAUUCGAAGCAUUUGAGUAAGCCACCUCUUUAAAAUGCUCGUUAUUGUGUUGUUCAGGUUUUGAAGUUGUUGCUGCCUUGCUAUCAGCUUUGAACGUGUUUUUGCUGACACAGAGAAGCAGUGAGUUCACGCUGGACAGCGGCUGUCCCAGUCGGAAGAGAGAGGAGGGGGGAGAGGGAGGCAGGGACGGAGAGGGCUGGUGCGUCCCUGCCCUCUGUCUGCAUCCAGCUGCCGCGUCGCUCCACAGCAGCAGUAAACGCACCACAGUCACUAUGGCUCUAGCCGCAAGCAGGACGCUCUUGGCGCUUUUCGUCACGUUUUGCGCACCAGGAUGCGGAUGGACAGCUGAGAAGCCCCUGCGGCCAAACAAUGGGAAACAGACAUCUGUGGACAGGGGCCUCAAGGAGAGCUGGGAGCCUUCUAUCCAUCUGGAUGGACGACCUGUGGACCGCUUCGUGAUCAGCUCCAGUAAACCGACAAGGCCUCACCGUCUUCCUAAAGUGGGGAGGGACAGUCGCUCGCAUCUUCUGGAGGAUGUUGACCCUGAUUGGAUUAACCUGGAUGGCUUUGCGGUGUUGAGCGGCGGACCUGUCACCAACUCAUCAGCAGGUCCACCCAGGUCUCCACAAGCUGCCUCCAGAAAUCAGCCCCCUGUACAGCGAGCCACCAGGGUGGACAGGAAAGUUAAUCCGUUGAGCUUGUCUACUACCAGGACACACAGGAGGGCCCCACAGUCCUCCUCGGGUCCCAGGCAACCUGAGAGAGCUUUAGCAGGAGCUCCUCCACUUGAAAGAAGACGGCAACACUACACCAAGCCUCAGUCUGACCAGAGAAACCGAAACACACAGAAACUAACAUCUGAGUCCGUUCAUGUGGUGUCACUGCAGGCACACAAAGCCGUGGGCCAGAGCGCACCUGCCAACAGAGCAUUCACAACCAAAACCACCACACCAGAGCCACCAGAGUAUGAGGCCCGGGACAUCAGUGUCAGGGUUAUGUCCCCUCAGUCAGUCCUCAUCUCCUGGAUUGACCCUGCUGUUGAGAUGGGAAAGGUUGAACCUGGGUUAUCAAGAUCCUAUACAGUUAGGUACAGAGAAAAGGGUGAAUCUGCACGCUGGGAGUACAAAGACAGCACCCAGAGGAGAAUGAUGAUAGACACCCUGUCUGCUGACAGUAUGUAUGAGUUCUCAGUCAGAAUCUCCCAGGGAGAAAAUCAUGGGAAAUGGAGUGUCUCAGUUUUUCAGAGGACCCCAGAGUCAGCUCCAUCUGGGCCACCCGAGAAUUUUGAAGUCAAGCCACUACGCGGAAAAGGAACUGCUGUAAUAGCAACAUGGGAUCCACCUGAAGAAACCAAUGGGAGGUUAAGAGAGUACAUCAUGUCUUACGCUCCCGCUAUGAAGCCAUUCGGAAUGAAAACUUUGACUUACCGUGGAAGCAUCACCUCAGCCACCGUAGAUGGCCUCACACCGGGAGACCGUUACAUCUUCAAGAUUAGAGCCACCAACAGGAGAGGACAGGGACCACAGAGCAAGGCCUUAGCUGUUGUAAUGCCAGGAUCUAGCAGUGCUGCGUCAUCGCCAUCAAAAACCAAGGACAGCAGCAGGACUAGCCACACUCCUUCCAGACAAGAUACUGACCAUGAGGAAUCUGACCUCCAGUCGACUGAGGUCCCAGAGGAACCAACAACACCUUCACGGCCUCGCCCUGCUGCACCUGUCAGCAGGCGUGUGAGGCCACUUUCUCAGACACGCUCAUAUCACAGCAUCUUCUCCUCCGUGAGGGGCUCAGUCAGAAACCCAGCAAACAGAGGGUCGUCCCGAGGAAGAGCUCAAAAUAGAGAAGAAGAGGAGGAGGAGAAGGAGGAAGAGAACAUACCCACAACACCGCCUCCAGAAGAAGAGACAACAACCACGGAGGUGGUCGUAGAGACAAAAGAACCUGAUAACGAUGUUUCUCCUGAAUCUGAGGAUGACGUUGGAUAUGAUGAAGAGCUCCAAACCACUGAGACCCCUAGCCUCAAAGUUGUUACACCCUCCCCAACUAAACCAGCUUCUUCUCGUCAAAAAGCCUCACCAAGACGGCCCAUUAAGAUCAGGGUCCAUCAAAAACCCGGAUCUAAAGAUACUUCAUCAUCUUCUUCUGAUUCAUCCUCCUCUUCCUCCGCUUCCUCUGCAGAUUCCUCCUCAAGUUCUUCUGUCCCUACUUCCUCUUCUGGUUCAUCAUCCUCGUCUUCUUCCUCCUCCUCACGUAUACAAGAGUCGGCAGCCAGUAGAAAGGACUUAGAGGCUUCCACAUACCCAGAAGGCAAAAACACCUUCGAUAAGCAAAGCACAACACAUACAAAACCCUCCACUCCAGUUGUUAAAGACACCCAUUCACAGCAGACAGAAGGUACAUCAGUUAGUAGAGGCUCAGCUUCAUCAGGGCGCGCCAAUGGGUCUGGAUUUGGCUCUAGAUAUGGGUAUAGUCGAAGACAUCCAGGGACUUUGCUUCGAGGGAAUUCAACUAGAUUGCUAAAUGGUUACAAACCUGCUAUCACCUCACAGUCAAAUGUACCAAACAGAACUCCAAACCAAGAAACAUCACAGUCCACAACACCAGAGAGGACUCAAAACCACCAGACAUCACAUACUGUCAAUUCAGCAACAUCUCGAUCCCCUUCAGGAAGUGGCAACCAGAACCAGGCCACAUCAGAUACACAAGACAAGCAAGGUUCUUCUCAUUCAGCCUCACACAACACACAGAGUUCCCACUCAUUACCUGAACAAGACACAAGGAUCAGGGAGGGUCAUGAUGACAGUACUAACAAAAACACAGAUGUAGAAGUCACUAAAGUUGAGGAACCUACUUCAAGCUCUAAACCACAACCAGUGGAGGAGGAGGGAAGGGAUGCAGAGGGAAGGGAGGAGAACAAACCGGUGGCUCCUCGUACCAGAAUCAGCCCCUCAUUUGCUGAAAGAUUCCCUUGGCUAGCCACUCGUUACCCAGGCAGGUUUGGUUCAGGGACAAGAGUGUCAUCUCCCAGGCAGGAUGGUAGGAGCCCUGUGACUAGGACUUCUUCCUCUACGGGGGUUGGCAGAUCCACUAGGGUUUCAGGGGCCACAGGUGCCGCAGGGGUGUCAACCAUACAGGAGACUAGUGUGGAUCUGAGGAAUCCUUCCACUGGUGACUCCCUAAAGAACGGGGUCGCAGAGGGCCCUGUGAAGCCGUCUAUUACAAAUCAAAAUACAGCAUCCAGUGAUGAUAGAUACCCAACUACCUCAUCCUCUUCUUCAUCUUCUUCAUCAAACCCAGAUUCCCAUCAGUCUUCAAGAGGACACAGAGACUCAAGUGAGCCCAUUCAUCAAGGAACCACUUAUGACAGUGAUAAGGAUCAGGAUAAGGCGUACCUAAAUGAGGGGAACAGAGAAAUCAGUGGAACAGCUGAUAAAACUGCUGACACUAUACCAGCCCAGAAGAAUCCUGCUGUAACUUCCGCAGACCCUCACAGAACUGUAGAGGACAAUGAGAGUACAGGUACAAGGGAAACUUCCUCCAGAACGAGAACCAGCUCAGCAUCUGGAGCAAACCCAGCUUAUCGCCGUCCAGGUUUUGGGGCAAACGGGAGGGUGCGCUCUCCUCUGUUUACCAACAGGCAGUUUGGUGGAUCAAGGCUUCCCAUCAGACCACAGCCAGCACAGAACUCAAGGGUUGGGUCUUCAACAUCUGAUUCCACAUCAUCAUCAUCAUCAUCAUCAUCAUCAUCUGGCUCCUCUGCUUCCUCAAAUGUGCCACAGCCGGUUUUGACUUCAGACCGUGACAGCGGCACUCUCGCGUCUGUGACAAGAACAGGGGGAUUAACGGGGGGCAACUCUCAGUCCACGUCUUCAUCUUCAGCAUCGUCAUCAGCAUCAUCAAGAGACAGCUUAAGGGGCCAGGGGGGAAGGUCACGAUAUCCCACCAUCAGAGGGAAACCAACCAAUGGUGGACAACUGAAGCCUGCUUAUAAUGGAAACGGAAAAAAUGGACGACCCAACCUGACAGCAACAGGUGACAAAGAGUCCACUCCCUCUCAUGGAACCAGUAAAGCUGUUGGUCAAAGAUUUAUCACUGGACCUGAUGGAAAUAAAUGGGUUGUGGAUUUGGAGCAGGGCAUUCUUAUGAACCAAGAUGGACAAGUUCUCCAGGACUCAAACGGCAAACCUCGGAGAGUUGUGCUUGGGGAGGAUGGACAAACAAUAUUUGACCUCAUGGGCAGUCCUCUGGUAAACCAGGAAGGCAUGGCUCUGUUUGGCCAUGGCCGAGACAGCCGGCCAGUGGUCAACCCCAAAGACAAAGUCCUCAUGGUUGGAGGGAAACCUGUUGUUGGUUUGGACCAACCCCACCACAGGACCACCACUACCACCAUCGCCACCACCACCACCACCACCACCACCACCACCACCAUGGCUCCAACCACCACACCCGAGCCCACCACCACAGAAUGGUUCAUGGAAGAAUCUACAUCUGUCCCACCAUAUCCAACCUGUCCACCUGGAACCUUCUCCAAAACAGAUGAAUAUGGGUAUCCAUUAUUGGACCCAGAGGGAAUACUGGACUGUUAUCCAGAAGAGGAAUCCUCAGGAAUGGAAAUGGACCACAUGGUUACAGUGAUGCCUGAUGCUUUAGCUCUUGAGAAAGAUGAGUUAUUUGUCCAGACCACCAGGCCACCAACGACUACUACAACACCAAGAACCAGCACAACAGAGGAGCCGACAGCGCUGGACACUCGACCCAGGAACAGAGGCCCCUCAUCGGAGUUUGACCUCAGCGGGAAGAAGCGUUUCACAGCUCCCUAUGUGAACUACAUCGUGAAAGACCCAGGCGCUCCUUGCUCCUUGACGGAGGCUCUUGAGUUUCUUCAGGUCGACGUCCUCCAAAGCCUGAUGGAGAAGGACGGCCCGACAGCCAAUCAGAACCAGCCUCCCAAAAACAAGCCUCAUAACUUCACUAUAGUUGCCAUGGAGGGCUGCCAUUCUUUUAUCAUCUUGGACUGGGCCCGGCCACUGAAGGACGACAUGGUGUCAGGAUACAUGGUCUACAGUGCUUCAUAUGACGAUGUCCUCAACAACAGAUGGUCCUCCAGACUCUCCAGUGGGACACACCUGCCUGUUGAGAACCUCAAACCCAACUCUAGGUACUACUUCAAGGUGCAGGCCAAGAAUGUGUUUGGUUUGGGACCAGUCAGCGAAACACUCACCUAUGUCACUGAAUCAGAUGAUCCUCUUCUCAUCGAAAGGCCACCUGGUGGUGAACCAAUCUGGGUCCCUUUUACUUUCAAGUACAACUCCGCCCACAGCAGCUGUAAGGGCAGCCAGUACGUCAAGCGAACAUGGUACAGGAAGUUUGUGGGCGUGGUUUUGUGUAACUCUCUGCGAUACAAGAUCUUCAUGGGAGAAGGUCUCAGAGAGCCUUUUUACAGUAUAGGAGACACAUUUGGCCAGGGAGAAGACCACUGCCAGUUCGUGGACUCCUACAGGGACGGUCGGACAGGCCCGGCCUACCUUUCAAACAAUCUGCCCUCAGCACAAGGAUUUUACCGUGCAUACAGGCAGGAGCCAGUUACAUUUGGAGUCAUUGGCCGGCGCACACCCCAUCCAUUCGUGGGCUGGUAUGAAUGCGGGGUGCCGAUCCCUGGGAAGUGGUAAAGCUGCAGAAGAAGGUUACAACGUUACUGAGGGCAACUCUUCUGCAUACUGCUGCAGGCUCUUACCUUAACUGGUACUGCCCUUUAAAACAGACUGUUGCCUGCCUCAUUGAAAGGACACCACUACGAAUUUAUUACUGCUUCACAGAAAGAGAAUAUAGUACUUUUAAAUAACUCAAUGUAUAUCAUUAAGAUGCACUUUUUAUAUAAAGCAGUCUGUAUAUGAGGGGAUAAAAGAAGCAUGUGUGCUCUUGCUUAGUUUUAAUCAUGUCUUAACAUGUCCUUGUACUGUUACCAACUACCCCAAAGACAGGUCGUCACCCAGUGUUAUUUAUCUCAUCAAUAAUGCACACACAUUCAAAUCAGUGACAUUGGACCAAAGCACAAGCUGCAAAGCAAACUAUUAGAAUGAGCACUCAAUGCGUGUAUAGGUCUGUUAAUGUUCAGUCCUGAGAUUUGUAUUUCUUCAUGUAACAGCUUCUGACAGCUACUUUUUGUUUGUUUAUUUGUGAUCAGAAACUAUCAUACUGUUUGUUUAUUUUUAUACACCCUCUUGUGUAUUCACCAGAAUCCAUUCUAAAUUACUGUGUAUGUUUUGAAUGUAUGCGGACAAAGAAUAAAAGACAAAGUAUUUGCUCAGGAACUGUGAGAGAUUGAAUAAAGGUGCUGUGGAAACCACAGCAAUCCAGAAUCAUGAAUCAUAUCGUAGUCUACUGCUGCCACAUUCUUUUCAAGCGAAACCUUCCACAUGUGACGUCUGCCUACUUAAUCAACCUCAUGGAAGAUUUGA